AUGACCUCGACAAUCGACCCCAAGACGAUCGGCAAGCCCGGUGCUCGCACUGUGCGCAAGCAUGUCCGGUCUCUCACGGGCUAUACUCCCGAGACCGACGAAACGGGGAAGGAGAAGUGGCCGCGAGGGGACGAAAAGGCGUGGAAGACUUCCAUGCGCGGUCUCGACACCGAUAUCCCAUCUAUCACGAAGUCUAUUGUAGGCCAUGUCCAAACCUCGCUUGCACAACAAGCACACAACUUGGACGACCUCGGCGCGUACCAAGCCGCAGCGUUGUCUGUGCGGGACAAUUUGAUCCUAAACUGGAAUGAGACCCAAAUGCACUACACACGCAAGGAGCCCAAGCGCGCAUACUACCUGUCGCUCGAGUUCCUCAUGGGGCGCACGCUCGAUAACGCGCUGCUCAACCUCGGGCUGAAGCCGAAAUACGACGACAGCAUCUCGCAGCUCGGGUUCCGCCUCGAGGACCUGCUCGAGCAGGAGCGGGAUGCGGCUCUGGGCAACGGCGGCCUUGGACGGCUCGCGGCGUGCUACCUCGACUCGUCCGCGUCACAGGAGCUCCCCGUGUGGGGAUACGGCCUGCGCUACAAGUACGGCAUCUUCCAGCAGCUCAUCGCGCCCGACGGCAGCCAGCUCGAGGCACCGGACCCGUGGCUCGAGCACGACAACCCGUGGGAGCUCCCGCGCCUGGACGUCACGUACGAGGUGCGCUUCUAUGGGCACUCGGAGCGUCUAGACAACAUGAAGGCCGUCUGGAGCGGUGGGCAGGAGGUCUUGGCCAUGGCCUACGACACGAUGAUCCCCGGAUACGAGACGAAGAGCACGAACAACUUGAGGUUGUGGGAGAGCAAGCCGAAGCGCGGCUUUGAUCUUCAGAGUUUCAAUGCUGGUGAUUAUGAGCGUGCCGUCGAGUCUUCCAACAGCGCCGCGGCGAUCACUUCGGUGCUUUACCCGAAUGACCACACCACCUUCGGCAAGGAGCUUCGUUUGAAGCAGCAGUACUUCUGGACCGCAGCCAGCUUGGCUGACAUCAUGCGUCGGUUCAAGAACCUCGGCAAGCCAAUUUCUGAGUUCCCUGACUAUGUCGCAAUACAGCUGAACGAUACCCACCCAACCCUCGCCAUUCCUGAAUUGAUGCGCAUCUUUGUCGACGAGGAGGACGUUCCCUGGGAUGCAGCAUGGCAGCUUGUCACCAACACGUUCUUCUUCACCAACCACACGGUCUUGCCUGAAGCUCUGGAGAAAUGGCCGGUACCACUGAUGCAGAAUUUGCUCCCUCGACACAUGCAGAUUAUCUUCGAUAUUACUGAAAUUGUCGUUUCAGUGGUCGAGAAGAAGUUCCCCGGCGACCGUGAAAGGCUUGCUCGGAUGUCCCUCAUUGAGGAGGGGUACCCUCAGAACAUCCGCAUGGCGAACCUCGCGUGUAUAGGUACUCGAAAGGUCAACGGAGUAGCUGAGCUACACAGUGAGCUUGUCAGGUUAACCAUUAUGAAAGACUUUGUCGACCUCUACGGCGUUAGCAAGUUCUCCAAUGUGACGAACGGCAUCACCCCACGGCGCUGGCUCGAUCAGUGCAACCCCCGGUUGAGCAACCUCAUUAGCGAGACCCUCAAGCUUCCAAAGGCAGUGUUCCUCAAGGACCUGUAUAAGCUGGAGGGGCUUCUCCAGUUUGCUGAUGACCCGGCGUUCCAAAAGAAGUGGGCUGCGGUGAAACAAAGCAACAAGGAGCGUCUUGCGCAGCAUGUGCAGACGACACUUGGUCUUAAAAUUAAUACGCAUGCUAUGUUCGAUGUGCAGAUUAAGCGUCUGCACGAGUAUAAGCGUCAAACCCUCAAUAUCAUGGGCGUCAUUCACAGGUACCUCACCUUGAAGGACAUGACGCCAGCCGAACGGAAGAAGGUGAAUCCUAAGGUCGUCCUCUUUGCUGGUAAAGCGGCUCCUGGGUAUUACGUCGCCAAACUGACUAUCCGCCUCAUCGUCAAUGUCGCUCGCAUCAUUAACGCCGAUGCCGACACCAAGGACUAUCUCCAGCUCUACUUUUUGCCCGACUAUUCCGUCUCGCUCGCUGAGGUUCUGAUCCCGGCGUCUGACAUCAGUCAACACAUAUCAACAGCUGGAACGGAGGCGUCGGGAACCUCCAACAUGAAGUUCUGCCUGAAUGGUGGUCUGCUGGUUGGCACUGUUGACGGGGCCAAUAUCGAGAUCGCAGAAGAAGUUGGAGAACAGAACGUCUUCUUCUUCGGACACUUGACGCCUGCAGUGGAGGAUCUCCGGUAUAAGCACAUGUACCACCCAGUGCCUGUCGAGCAAAAGUGUCCUCCGCUAGCUCGUGUACUCAACGAGGUGUCGGCUGGACGUUUCGGUGAUGGAGGAGUCUACGAGCCGCUCUUGAACACUAUUAGGCAGCACGACUACUACCUGCUCACUGAAGACUUCGAUUCAUACAUCCAGGCCUUGAAGUUGGUUGACGAAGCAUACCAAGAUCGUACCGAGUGGAUCAAGAAGAGCAUCAGAACCACUGCAAAGAUGGGCAAGUUCAGCUCAGAUCGCGCAAUCCAAGAUUAUGCUCAGGAGUAUUGGAACAUCGAGAGUACCAAACCAGAGUAA